AUGAGGGGUACGUCACUCGCCCUAGUUUCUCCUCUCUCCCGUCCUACCCUCUCAAACCAAUCCCCUGCCCUUCUGCUCUCCCCGCUCUCCCUGCUCUCCCUGCUCGAUGUCAUACCCACUGGCCCGCUCGCCCGCUCUCCUGCAUCGUCCACGCCCCCUCGCGCAUUGUCUGCGUUUCCCGGAUCCUCGCUCGACACGCCCGCAUCCCCUACUCGACGCCACAGCCAGUUGCUCACGCCGCUCUCCUAUUGCGGCCUCGAGCCCCUCCUUCGACAUGCGUCCCCUCGACCCCCUCCACGACUCCGCGCACACUCAGCCCUAUGCAUGCGCACGCCCAGCACUUUUGUGUGCAUCCCCUCUGCUGUUAAUAUUCCCGCUCUCGACGUUGCACACCCUCGCCGCCUAGCACCCCCGGUGCCCUCGUUCUCAUCGAAUGUCAACCGCCCCCUCGAUUCCAUUCGUUCGCGUUCACUCUCGCCUGCGUCCUGCCACCUACAGCCUCGCGCACUCGUUCCCUCGGAUGCGCACACAGCUUCUACCCGGCGCCCUCCUCCUCAUCUCACCAACCCACUCGUGCUCGUCGCCUCGACCAUUAGCGUACGCACACUCGGCACCUUGCAAGCUUAUUACCUCGAGCCCUUGAACUCCGCGCCCUCAACGUCUCCAUUGUCGAGGGCUGAACGGCGAGGCCGCUCCAUCGACGCCUUCGCGCGCGCGCUAGCGCAGGACGCGCCAUCAUUGCGGCCGUUCAAACGUGAACAAAGAGGACGAGAUUCGCCAGGUGGCAGAGAAAGAGGCUGGAUGAGGACGAUGGAUGGAGGCGGUGGACAGACGUGGGUGGGCAUGGACGACGAUAACCUUACCUGCUCUUCCCGCUCACCCUCGACCUUCGAUACCAAGACCCCGGACAUCCAGGGCUCCACAGUGGACGAGUCAUGCAUGGUACAGAAACGGCCGCGUGCUGUCUGCGGCAGCCAGGCUCCCCACAGCCCAAAUUCGCCGAAGGUGAAUUCGGGCUUUGUGGGGAGCCUGGCUGCCGCAGACAGCACGCGGCCGCCGCCUUCGCCGGCCCCGUUUCCUUCCUUCUUCCUCUUCCUCUCCUCCCCUCUUGUGUUCCUGAUGCUGACAUUCGACAUCACAAACAGCCUUCUCGGCAGGACGUCGUCGAACACAAUACACUAG